AAAAAAUGAAAAUAAAAACAAUAUUUUUUGUAAUCAAUUAAAAAGCAAUUAAUUGAAACUCAAUAUAAACACAAACACAACGUUUAUUAUGUUAUUUAAAAGUAAUUGAAUUAAAAUUAAUUAAAUUGUUUUUUGUGACCAAAAUAUAAAACAAGUUUUGGCAUAAUUUUUAACAACUUUUGUGUCUCUCAAUUGACUGUCUGGUCAUGUCGUUACCGACGCCACAAAUGCAGCCGCCGUCGGGUCCGCCAGUAGUGACCAACAGUUCGCAGUCAAGUUCUGGUGGGUCUUCAUCGGUGUCAACACCAACUUCGGCCGACGCGUGUCUGUCUAUUGUCCAUUCAUUGAUGUGUCACCGACAGGGCGGCGAAAGCGAAAAUUUUGCCAAACGGGCCAUUGAGUCGUUGGUCAAGAAAUUAAAAGAAAAGAGAGACGAAUUGGAUUCACUUAUCACCGCAAUUACGACGAAUGGCGCGCAUCCGUCCAAAUGUGUAACCAUUCAGAGGACACUCGAUGGCCGAUUACAAGUGGCCGGACGUAAAGGUUUUCCUCAUGUUAUUUACGCCCGUAUCUGGCGAUGGCCUGACCUUCAUAAGAAUGAACUCAAACACGUCAAGUAUUGUCAGUUUGCGUUUGACCUCAAGUGUGACUCCGUUUGUGUUAAUCCCUAUCAUUACGAACGGGUGGUCUCUCCAGGCAUUGAUUUGUCGGGACUAACACUUACCGGACAUGACGAAGAUGUUAGAAGUCAAGUCAAGACUGAAUAUGUUGCGGGUGGUGGUAAUGUGCCGCCAAUGAAUGAGCACAUGCAGCACGUAGUCCAGCAUCAUCCACAUCCAGGUGCUCUUCCACAGCCACCACAGCAUCACAUACAGACACAACCAGCACCUCAUAUGUCUGUAUCGCAUACAUCACAUAUAACUUCUUCCACAACAUCAACAUCAAUGUCUCCUUCAAGUAACGAUUCGUUUUCUCGUUUAAUGCCAAAUACGCCCUCCAGUUCUGAUUAUAUAUCGGCCUCAUCACCUCCAUCAGUGGCUUCACCUAUGGUUUCAAUGGUUCCACAGCAGACACCAGAAGUGCCACAAAUUCCACAAUCAGUGGCACCGGUGAUGGUUACAAAUGUGGGCCCACCACUCACUGCUAAUACCAUUACACCAAAUGGCAGUUCUGUUUCAUGGGCUGGUGCUGUUGGUGGUAGUGCAACACUUUCAUAUACUCAAACCAUGGUUCCAACUGAGCCUUCAACGCGUCCCAACACUGGUAUGCCUUCAACAACAUUCUGGCACUCGACUCAAAUGCCUAAUGAGCCGAUUGGAGCCAUUGCUCAGACGACACUCUCGAGUCAACCGCCGCCUGAAUACUGGUGUUCUAUCGCUUACUUUGAAUUAGACCAACACGUCGGCGAAACUUUCAAAGUGCAAUCAAGUUAUGAUUAUGUAAUUAUUGACGGCUAUGUCGAUCCAAGUGGUGGUAAUAGAUUUUGUUUGGGCGCCCUCUCCAAUGUCCAUCGCACUGAACAAAGCGAAAAAGCAAGACUUCAUAUCGGAAAAGGCGUUCAACUGGACCUCAGAGGUGAAGGUGAUGUAUGGCUUCGGUGUCAAUCCGAUCAUUCCGUAUUUGUUCAAAGCUAUUAUUUGGACCGCGAAGCCGGUCGAUCUCCAGGAGAUGCCGUUCAUAAGAUAUAUCCAUCCGCUUGUAUUAAAGUUUUUGAUUUAAGACAAUGUUAUCGUCAAAUGCAACAACAAGCGGCUACUGCUCAAGCAGCUGCUGCUGCUCAGGCCGCCGCAGUUGCCGGACAUAUUCCUGGACCAGCUUCUGUUGGCGGUAUUGCACCGGCAAUCAGUUUAUCAGCUGCAGCCGGCAUUGGAGUUGACGAUUUGCGACGCCUCUGUAUCUUAAGACUAUCAUUCGUGAAGGGUUGGGGACCUGACUAUCCGCGCCAAAGCAUCAAAGAGACUCCCUGUUGGAUUGAAGUACAUCUUCAUAGAGCACUACAAUUGCUCGAUGAAGUGCUCCACACAAUGCCUAUUCAUGAUCCCCGACCACAUGAUUAAGCAUUUAACACAUUUUUAAAAGUUUUUAAUUGCAAUUUAUUUUUUUUAAUUAUUUUUACUUGUGUUUUAAAAUAU